AUGAGCAAGGAGCUUUUUGAUAUAAAGCCACUUGUCGAGAUAAAGGAGGCCUACAGAAAGGACAAAAAGUUUAUCCGUCACCACUCUGACAGAUACAAGAGAGUAAAGCCAUCUUGGAGAAAGCCUCGUGGAAUUGACAGCAAGGUCAGAAAGAGAUGCAAGGGGCAGAGGGAGAUGCCUUCCAUCAAGUAUAAGAAGCCAAAGGAGAUCAGGCAUCUUCUGCCAAAUGGGCUCAGAAAGGUUAGGAUAUUUAACAUCAACGAUCUCACGCCACUAGCAUCUUUGAACAGGUUUUACUGUGGAGAGAUUGCACAUGCAGUAGGUGCUAGGAAGAGAAUUGCCAUUGUCAAUCGAGCAAAGGAGCUUGGGAUUUGUCUUCUGAAUGGAAAUGCACGUCUUGUUCAGGAAAUCGAGGAAUAA